UAUUUAGUCUAUAAACCGUUGAGAAUGAAAAACCAUUGGCUGACACAAAUAAAUUGCUUUUCUCUACGCUUCACUAAAUUCCUUUCUUAGCUGUGCAUGCCACAUUCUUUUCUCCCUUCAUCACUGCUUCUCUAAUUCCUUCUGAGUUUAGUCAGAUCAUCGUUUGAAGAUCUUGUUGGGCCAGGACAGGAGGUCUCCUGGUUGUCGACCAGCUUGGCACUGGUUCCUUCUUCUGUGUGCUAAUCAAAAUCCUUGAAGACAAUAUAAUGGACCAAUUUAUGGAAUGCUUUCUGGUUGGAGCACGCAUGGGAAACUAGCAUGUCCAUACUGCAUGGAAAACAACAAGGCAUUCACACUAACAAACGGAGGUAAAGCUUCCUUUUUUUACUGUCACCAUCGUUUCUUGCCAUAUAAUCACAGGUACAAAAAGAACAGAAAAGAUUUCUUUGUUGGCAUAGUUGAAAAGGAUGUUGCAUCCCCGUGUCUUUCUGGUGAAGAAUUGUAUGAUGUUGUAUCAGAGUACGGUGACAUUGUGUUUGGUCUUCAAUCAGGUAAGCAAAAGUUUCCUGGUUUUGGUUUGACCCAUAAUUGGGUAAAGCGAAGUAUCUUUUGGGAGCUUCCUUAUUGGAAGACCAAUCUGCUCCGCCAUAACCUUGACGUCAUGCAUGUUGAAAAGAACGUGUUUGAGAACAUUUUCAACACCGUCAUGGAUGUGAAGGGGAAGACAAAGGACAACAUAAAGGCUAGAUUGGAUAUAGCUUUGUUCUGUAACCAUAAAAAUAUGGAGUUGGUUUGUUAUGAGUCACGGGUCGCAAAACCAAAAGCAAGCUUCGUGUUAGAGAAAAACGCACAACUACUAGUCUAUAAAUGGCUUAAGAGUCUGCGUUUUCCGGAUGGACAUGCCUCGAACAUAUCAAGGCUGGUUAAUGUGGAGGAAUGCAGAUUGUAUGGAAUGAAGAGUCAUGACUACCACGUGUUUAUGCAAACACUCAUCCCAUUAGCUUUUUGUGAUUUGUUGCCAAAGGGGAUAUGGGAUGCACUCACGGAGAUCAGACAUUUCUUUAGAGAUAUAUGUUCCAGCAAGUUGAAUGUUGAUCACAUUGAGAGGCUUGAAACGAAUAUCAUCGAGACACUAUGCAAACUUGAGAUGAUAUUCCCUCCAUCAUUUUUUGACUCAAUGGAGCAUCUCCCCACACAUCUACCGUUCGAGGCAAAAGUUGAAGUACCAGUCCAGUAUAGAUGGAUGUACCCAUUCAAACAGUUAGAUAUUACAGUUGCAAUGUAAUUCAUAUAUAAAAGUAUUUUCUUUGUUUUUCUUAAUUGAAAAAUUUUAUUAAUUCAAUGCACGUACUUAUUCAAUCUCAAGAAAAAGGUUAAGAACAAGGCGCAUGUUGAGGCUUUGAUAUGUGAGGCCUAUAUUGUUGAGGAGAUCUCAACAUUUAUCUCGUACUAUUUCAAACCUCAUCUGAGAUUGAGAAUCAAUCGUGUUCCACGGCAUGAUGAUGGCGGUGAAGUGCCUUCCAAUGAGAACUUGUCAAUAUUCUCCAAUCCUAGACGACCCACACCUAAAAAUGUCGUAAGAGGAAGAUAUUUGUCGGAAAUAGAGUUCAAACAAGCACACAAUUAUGUUCUAUUUAAUUGUGAUGAGUUGAGACCUUUUAUUCAGCAACAUCGACAAUAUUUGUUGUCCAAUAACUCACAGCGGACCGAAUCCCAGAUCUUUCAAUUAUAAGAUGAACAAUUUGCCACGUGGUUCAGAACACAUGUAAGUACUAUCACAAACUCAUUCUCACUUGCAAAAUUACUGUAUGCAAGUCAUUAUGAGAUUCUCGUUUACUGUUCAUUGAUGUACAUUACAUACAAGGUUUAUCAAAUGGGAAUGAGUGUUGCUAAGUCAUUGUCUUCACUAAGCCUGGGCCCUGAAAAAAAAAGUUAAGUGCUACAAUGGGUAUUUUAUCAAUGGAUAUGUGUUCCAUACUAAAGAAUACAGGCAUGGAAGAAAGACAUACAAUAGCAGUGUUUGUGUUAAGGGAUCGACUAGUAGUGAGUUAGAAGUUGACUACUAUGGUAGAUUAGAAGAGGUCGUUGAACUGAAAUAUCAUAGCGAGCAGAAUAGAGUGUUUUUAUUCAAAUGCUAUUGGUAUGACACGACUGACAGAGGAAUUAGAGUUGAUCAGCAUUAUGGUCUGGUCGAAAUCAAUUCAAAAGCUAGACUCCGCAAUGUAAACGAUGUCUUUGUUUUCGCAAAGUAAUGUCAAUAAGUUUAUUACAGAUACACCCCUUCCUUUAGAAAGGAUCAAUCAAGAGUGGAUUGGUUGUCCAUUUUAAAAACAAAACCCAGGGGUCGUGUGCGAGAUGAAGUCUUUCAAGUUAAUGAGUUGGUUGAACCAUAUCGAGUUGCUCCUUCAAUUGACUUGGAAGAAAAUUCAAAUUUUCAUGUUUUCGAUGAUAGUCUUGUUGAUGUUGACGCGGAGGAGUUGAAUGUUGUUUUGAGAUCUAAUGAAAAAGCAAAUGUCGAUGAAGAUGAUGAUAUCCAUAUUGAAGAUUGCAAUGAAGGUGAUGACUAUUCAAUUGACGACGAAGAAGAAGAAAAUUUUGACUAACUAUUAGCCCUAUGUGAAACAUUUUUUUUCUUGUAAUAUAUAUUAUGGAUGAUAUAUUUUGUAACACAAAAUAUUUAUUUUAUAAGUUUAUGUAUUGUUUAA